GUUGCCGGGCCAUUGGCGGACCUUCGCUUCCAGGCUUGCAUAAGACAUGCGAUGUAGUGACCCCACCGUGUGCACUAGAUUGCAUAGCAGGCACAAAAGGUGGACUCUACUCUUCCCCGGUGUCGAUUAAUACAUGACGGCGGCGCACUAGAUUGUAUGCGAUGAUUGAUCGAUGAUUGAUCGCAUGAUAAGAGCUUGACCGAUGCUCCGCUCUGUAGCUGUGUCGGAUCCACCUGCUUAUCAUUGAAGGGGCAUGAUGUUGAUUCGCUGUGCGACAUCAGCUGAAUCGAUGCCUGUCUGGCCCCUUCUGCCUGCUGCAGCCUCGGCGGUGGCCAAAUACUUUUGCUGUACUUGUAUCUUGUACUUGGGUCUGCGCGGGUACCUACAUACAGUAUGCCCGCGCCGUCUCGCGUCCUCGAAGGUCAUUGGUCGAAAACAAGGUUUGGCUAGGGAGCCUAAGUCAUGCAAGCGUGGAAGCGACAGGGAAGAUCCACGCCGCAAGACCGGAUGCACCUUCCGCCUGGCACCAGGCAGCACGGCAGGAGCAGCUUUCCCUUUCGAGAUCCAACGAAUCCCAGCGGGCAGCUGCCUUGGGCUUUUCGACGUGUCGCACGGCAACGAGCGAAUGGGGAUGGAAAGGUAUGACUCCGCAGCGUUGGAGGGUGUGUGGAUGGUGCGUCGCGUUUGCCCACCUGUCACAUUUCGUCGUUGUGCCCGCUUUUAUCCGGAAUGUGCUGGGCGUCCAAGAGGCGCUUUACGUAUGUUUCGCGAAGAAAAAAAGCUUGGGGCGUGGAGCGGCUCUUCCCCGGUUCGUAGCUGCCCAUCUUGCGACGCCGGGCCCUCCUUGUGCGACCCGCUGGCUGCAUCAUCGCCAUCACAUCCCCAACAUCGCUGCUGCCAUCCUCGCCACGCUUGCACCUUGCUCCUCAUCACCCUCUCAUCCCUCGCUUCGACGCCCGCAUCACACUUCCGGCGCGCAUCACCCUCGCCACCCGCACCGCACGCCGCCCGCUUUGAGUUGCAGUAGCGUGCUGCAACGUGCAAGGCCGACAGCUUCCCUGCCGCUGCAUCUAACAUUCCUCCCUGACCGCCGCCCGUCGUCGCCCAAGAAACAUCGCCGGCCUGUUCGGCUCGCGACAUC